AUGUUAGUUUCGCAACUCUGUUUCCUUCUAGAUCUAGUUUCUGGAGCUCUAUUCGCCUCCUACUCCUCUCUAGUUUUCGCAUCUCUGUGUUCCGUCGUGACUGCUAGUCUUAGUAAAACCCUUGUUGCAGGAAUGAUUCGUGCAAAGAACAAAAGAGCGAAACUUAGAUCACGUCCUGCCCUCAUAUCUACAGACACAGAAAUCGAAACUAUGUCACGUGUUCUAGAAACGGAAGUGCCUUCGUUGAACGCGGAAGGUGAUGAGUCUUCUACCCGAGUUAGUCCUGAACCCAUGGAAGAAUUUGCUGCUGCUGAAACUGUUCAAGGUACUACCAAGGGUCAUGUUGGCAAUAGAGGCAUAUACAAAGGAAUUGACUUGGACAAGAAAACCAAAUCCAAGAAAGAGAAGUUGUUCAUUUAUUUCAUGCCGGGGCAGAAACAUUUUCGUCCUGUUGGCCCGAAUGAAAGAUCUCUAAACAUGUGGCUGGCAUUUUGUGUUCGAUCGGUGAUUGGGGCACCGAUCCAUGACUACGUCACUAUACUUCCACAGUAUAGUGAACAGUUAUGGAGCAUGGCAACGGAUUACUUUCAAGUGAGUCCGGAUAGCCCUCCAAAGUUGAAGAAAAUUGAGGACUUGAACAACACCCCUCCUCCAGAGCCACUUGAAGUGAAGAAAUAUAAAUUUAGAACUCAUUGUUUUAAUGAAAUGAGAGCCAGCUAUAGGAAAUACAGAUCAAGAUUGCAUGAGAAGUAUAAGAAGUAUAAAACAGACGAAGAGCGGAUGAAGCAUAUCCCUGAAGGAUUAUCUGCAGAAGAUUGGCAACAAAUGUUGCGACUGUUUGCAUCUCCCGAAUUUCAGGCUCUUAGUUUGAAAAAUGCUAACAAUCGCUCAAAUCAGAAGGUCAUUGCCUGCACCGGACCAACGCCAUUUGCACAAACAGAAUAUGAUAUGAUUGAUGAGGAAACUGGAAAACUACCAUCUGCCUCGGAAGUUUGGAUGGCACAACAUAGCAGUUUGAAUGCAAAUAAUGAGCGGAAGUGGGUUGAUAGUUCAUCAGAGCAUUAUUAUCAUGAGAUAAGAAGAACAGAAGAAGAAGUCAUGCCUGUGGAUGAGACUGUUAACGAUAAUGAAGAUGUCUUGAGAGUGGUGUUCGGUGCUCGAUCUGGCUAUGUUCGUGGUAAAGGAACUGGGUACAAGUCAACUGCAAAGGGAGUGACUACAAACAACCAGAACGAAAAAAUAGAACAACUGGAGGCUAAAAUUGUUCACCUGAACGCAAAAAUAGCAGAUCAAGACAAACAUAAUUUAGCCUUAACCCAAAGGUUCGAAAAAUUGUUGGAAAUGGUGGAAAAUGAAAGGCAUGAAUCAUCUUCUCACAGCGGGCAAAGGGAAGAUGAUCUCACUUCGGAAGAGACAAAUGAAGAAGAGUAUACAAGGGAUGAAUGUUCUCAUCAGGCCAAACGUGUGAAUAAGAAACGAGCUGGCAAUAAGAUUUUGAGCGCAAAAAAGAAAAACAGGAGCUAAGAGAAGAAGGAUGUUUAUUGGCGGAACAUGGAGGGGUAUGCAGAAAUAAUCGUUAGUACAAUUUUUUUUUUGUUAGAGAGGCAAUUAAUAAAUUAUGGAUGUGAAACUUGUUAUCUAUUUCUUUGUAGAUUUAUUUUUUCUAGUUCACUAGACGAUGUUUAGCAUUUUAAAAGAUGAAUGUUGGGAUGACAUUUUAGUAGUUUUGCUUAAUUUUUCAUGGAGAU